UGUGCCCCGGCCUUAGGCACAUAGCCUUUCUUUUGUCUCUCCUGCUAGGCCUGAGGCACCAGGUGUUUUUGCCAGUAGAACCGGCACUGCCAUUGCCCUGGGGCUGAUAUCUAGGCCUACUGUGGUAACUGUACCUUAGCUCUUUGUUUCUACCUAGCUGUAGAGAGGUUUGCUUCUCAUCGCCUCAGCCACUAAGUCACCUGACUGGCUUUAGCUGCCAUGUGCACGGAGCCAGCCCUCUGCCAAGUGCUUUCUGUAAGGCUGAGCGGUAGCAUUUUUGUGCAUCGGUGUACUCUGGAACUUUGGGGUAAGUGGGGUUUCCUUCUCUGAACAAGGGCAGGUGUUGGACUGAAGAGAACCUUUUGUCAAGUGUUGAGGGCCAUAACAGGCCCACCCAGUGGCGGACAGGACUGGGAGCCUUUCGAGGAAAGGGCAGACAGACAUGGGUAGUGGAGAGCUUCCGAGGAAUUCAGCUACUUCAACAGAUUGGACCCAGAAGCCAGGCGUGGGGGUACACAGCACGUUCCUUUAAUACUGGUGUUCCAAGAGGCGGACAAGGGUCAGUUUGUUUGUUUGGUUGGUUUUGUUUUUUUCCGAGACAGGGUUUCUCAGUGUAGUUUUGGUUCCUGCCCUGGAUCCUGCUCUGUAGACCAGUUUGGCCUUAAACUCACAGAGAUCACCUGGCUCUGCCUCCCGAGUGCUGGGAUCAAAGGCGUGCGCCACCGCCGCCGGUGAGAGGGGUCAAUUUUUGUGAGUCCAGGCCAGCCUGGUCUGCAUAACGAGCUCCAGGCUAGGUGGGGCUACUGGUUGGGGAAGACCCUGUCUCGAAAAAAGAAAGAAUUUGGACCCUGAGUGGGAGAUGUGAACUAUCUGUGUAAGCUGUUGGAGCCCCAGACUCUUGCUGUGGUUCCGGAUGCUGCAUUGCUGGCAGCUGUGUCUCCGCGGCCUGUGGUCUCAGGAAGCUUUGAGGUGGGCUCAGGCAGCCUCUUGGGCACUGGAGUCCCCAUUGUGUAGAAGACAAGGCUGGCCAUGUGGAGCUGAGUGCAGCUGGGAUCUACCUGGAGUGCUUCUGACCUCCUGGAACCUUUGGUACACUUUGCCACCUGUGCUCCCCUGGAGCAUUCUCCGUGGAGAGUCCUGCUGGGCUGAGGCGCUUCUGCACGGGGGGACAGUAUGCCCGACCCCACCUGCACACACUGCUGCCCUGCUGACAGGUUCCUUUGGAGACACUUGUGUGUUUAUUAGUACUUGUGACGACGAGAGUCUACACAGCCUGUCUGGAAAGGCCAGCUUGCUGCCUUCCCCAGGCCCCAGAUGGCAAACUAUCUUUCCUAGAAAGGGCACAGAGCCUGUGAGGUUCACAGGCUCAGACAGUGUCCAGUGUCUCCGGACUCCUGCAUAGUAGAGAGCUUUGUAAGGACCAGCAGUUACGGGAGAGAGGAUGCAGGGUCUGAGUCAGGAGCCGGCAGAUGAGGACCGCUUGGCUGCCUGGAGGGGUGUUUGAGAGUUACCCCAGGAUAGAACAAAGUUUGCAGGCAAAGGAACUUGGUUUGGUUCAUAGGGUUUUUUGUUUAUUUGCCUUUUUAUCUAUUAAAUUUUAACCUUUCAACAUAAUGAAAUUACCACCACCAACAAAAAUCUAUAAAUCUGGGAAGACCAGUCCUGUGGGUUUGCAUGCCUAGGCAGGACUAGCCAGUGUCCUCUGUGGCCCUAGUCUUUUAGAAGGGUAUUUGUUGUGGCUUCUGUAGCCACCUGCUGGCCACUUUGUAGGUUCUCUGCAUGCCCCUCAGCCUGUGACUGACCUCUAGAAUUGAAGCGGUGACAGAGUACAAUUCAAAUCGGCAUUUGUUUCAGCGUCAUUAUUUAUGGGUGUGAGUGUUUUGCCUGCAUGUAUGUGUGUGCACCACUUGAGUGUGCUCCUGUGGAGGCCAUGGGGAUCAGGUCCCGGAACAGGAAUCACGCAUGGCUGUGAAGAGCAGUGCUCUUCACCAGGAAGCCAUCCCUCCAGUCUAAACCCAGCUGGCCUGGCACCUUUCCUUACCAUAGCCUCUUUUUUUCACGUGAGUGGAUGGCAGGGGAUGGGCAGGUACACCCUCCUUUCUCUUGGGCUGGGGCCUGUCCUACACACUGUCCCCAAGGAGGGUGGAAUUGGGUGGGCUCAGUGCAUGAUCUGUGCCAGGCCAUCAUGCAGGUUAACUAUCCUCCUGUUCUUGCCCACAGGUGGUGCCCGUGGGCAGGGCGCAGGGACAUGGGGCCAGACAUGGAGCUGCCCAGCCACUCAAAACAGCUCCUGCUGCAGCUGAACCAGCAGAGGACCAAGGGCUUCCUGUGUGACGUCAUCAUCAUGGUGGAGAAUUCCAUCUUCCGGGCCCACAAGAACGUCCUGGCUGCUAGCAGCAUCUACUUCAAAUCCCUGGUCCUGCAUGAUAACCUCAUCAACCUAGAUACCGACAUGGUCAGCUCCACCGUGUUCCAGCAGAUCCUGGACUUCAUCUACACGGGCAAGCUGCUGCCCAGUGACCAGCCAUCUGAGCCCAACUUCAGCACUCUCCUCACUGCCGCCAGCUACCUCCAGCUGCCCGAGUUGGCAGCCCUCUGCCGCCGCAAACUGAAGCGAGCUGGCAAGCCCUUUGGCCCUGGACGAGUGGGUGCUGCUGGCGUGGGGCGACCGACCCGUAGUCAGCGGCUGUCCACAGCCUCUGUCAUCCAGGCUCGGUAUCCAGGACUUGUAGAUGGGCGCAAAGGACACCCCGUCCCCCAAGAGCUCCCUCAGGCCAAAGGAUCAGAUGAUGAGCUUUUUCUGGGCAGCUCCACCCAGGAAAGCACACACGGCCUGGGCCUGGGGGGCUGCCCAGCUGGUGGGGAGGUGGGCCUGGGGGGCUGUAGCAACAGCACCAACGGGAGCAGUGGGGGCUGCGAGCAGGAGCUGGGUCUCGACCUGUCCAAGAAGAGCCCUCCACUGCCUCCCGCAGCCCCUGGCCCCCACCUCACUCCUGAAGACCCAGCCCAGCUGAGUGACGGCCAGCGCGACUCACCUGCGCCCGCUGCACCCUCCGCCCUGCCUGUUGGCAACAGUGCCUCGUACGCGGAGCUGGGGGCCACUCCUGAGGAGCCCAUGGAUCUGGAAGGGGCCGAGGACAACCAUGUGAGUCUGCUGGAAGGGCAGGGCGGCCAGCCUCGCAAGAGCCUCCGGCAUUCAGCCCGCAAAAAGGAUUGGAACAAAAAGGAACCUGUGGCUGGGUCCCCCUUUGAUCGCAGAGAAACGGGGACUAAGGGUCCCAGCCCAGGGGAGGAAGGGGAGGGGCUUGGGGACAGGGUUCCCAAUGGCGUUCUGGCCAGCGGUGUUGGCGGGAGUGGCCCCAGCGGGUCGUACGGGGAGCCGCCGUACCCCUGCAAGGAGGAGGAGGAGAACGGCAAGGACGGGAGCGAGGACAGUGGGCAGAGUGGGAGCGAGGCGGGCAGCGGCCCCGCCGGGGCCCAGUACGUGUACCGGCAGGAAGGCUACGAGACGGUGUCCUACGGGGACAAUCUCUACGUGUGCAUCCCGUGUGCCAAGGGCUUCCCCAGCUCUGAGCAGCUCAAUGCCCACGUGGAGACGCACACAGAGGAGGAGUUGUUCAUCAAGGAAGAGGGGGCGUAUGAGACCGGCAGUGGGGGUGCGGAGGAGGAGGCCGAGGACCUGUCCACACCUAGUGCAGCCUAUGCAGCCGAGCCUCGUCCUUUCAAGUGCUCAGUCUGUGAGAAGACCUACAAGGACCCGGCCACACUUCGGCAACACGAGAAGACACACUGGCUGACCCGGCCCUUCCCCUGCAACAUUUGUGGCAAGAUGUUCACGCAGCGAGGCACUAUGACGCGCCACAUGCGGAGCCACCUGGGCCUGAAGCCCUUUGCCUGCGACGAGUGUGGCAUGCGCUUCACCCGCCAGUACCGCCUCACAGAGCACAUGCGUGUGCACUCAGAAGCCAAAGACCCGAGGGAGCCCUCUGCAGACUUGCCACGUGGGAACCGCGGAAGGAGGAGUGAGGAAGUAUGGCGGGAGGGCCGAACCCCAAGUCCGGCCCCGCCUCCCCAUACCCAGAGCUUUAAUCAGCAGUGUACCAAGGGAAGCCAAGAGAAGAGCUGCCCGGGCCAGCCCUGUGGUGUGGUGCUGGUGACUGUUCUACCUCCCGUCCCACUUGGCUCCCAGCUCCUGAAGGGCUGCUGGAGAGCCGGUGGGAGUCCAUCAUGUGGGUGCCAGUGGGGCUUGGUCCCUUACUGCAGUCUGGGCUAGAGGAGGCUCAGGGCCUCCUUCCAUGGCCAAGAGUGGUGCCUGGAGCAGGCCCUCGGCUGUCAGGGACUCGGCUGUGUGUGUGCAUGUGUGCUUGUGUCUUUGCGGUGCAGUGUGACUCUGCUGUUGGGAAGCUGGUGCUGGGUGGCAGUUCCUUUCUCUCUGAGCUGGGGUGGCAACUGCUAGCUCACACUGGACAGUCAGGGUGACCCCACUGCCUACCUCUCGACAACUAAAGAGCCCUCUGGGCCUGUGUUACUGUUAUUCCUACUGAGCUGUUCCUAUUUCUUUUUUACAGUUUUUAAAAAUUCUUUUUUAAAACCAAAAUGAACAAUAUUUUCCUCCUGCCUCUCUGGGGAUGAGCCUGGGUUUGCAGACUGAAUGUAACUGGGGCAGCUGCCCCCCCCCCCCUGUCAUUUCCCCUGGUCCUGGUGCUGUGGGCAUGGUUGAACUUGCCUCUCCAAGGCCCCAGAAGCCCUUCUUGCCCAAAGGCUUCCCUGAUCCCGAGCCCUGCCUGCCUGGGCUUCCUCAGGAGAACAUGCUUUUCCCAUAAUUUCCAAGGAAUGUCACUAGUUAGAGGUACUUACUUUUAUUGAGACCCCCCCCCCCCACUCUCAUACGUUUUCUGAGAUGUUGGAACUUGAAGAUCUGAAGUUUCAGAGGGGGAGGGGGAGGCUAGACUUGGUGCCAGGGCCAUCGGUACUCUUGUUCGUGUGUGUGUGUGUGUACGUGUGUGUGUGUGUACGUGUGUGUGUGUGUGUGUGUAUACACGUGUGUGUGUGUGUGUGUACACGUGCGCCCGUGCACACGCGCGAGUGGAUGAGAGUAUGCGUGUUGCUUAUGCACAGAUGCUUUGCUUCCUUGCUCCCUGAACAAGGUGGCGAGCCUUCUGACCUUUGCUACCUCUUGAAUUCAGUACCACAGUGCGUGGAGGCUGCAGUUGUUUCCUGUGGUGGAGUUGGCUGGGCUGGGCGGGCCCGAGCCCUAUGUGGGCCUCGUGUUCCGGAAGGGAUGAUUGCUGCUCAGGGGAUGCUGUUUGUGGGGCAGGUGCUGGGCACCUGAGGAACAGAAGCCAUGAGGAGGGAGCAGCUCCCUGCAUGGGCCAGCGUGAGGUGGAAGUGAGCCCAUCCCGUCUCCUCCUGAGCUCUUGUGUGUCUCAGAACCUACUGCAGAGCCAGAGCUACAGGUUGGCCUCCACCUCCAGACUCAGCAAGUGGAGGGGUGGGUGUGUCAGCCGGCUUCAGAUGCUUCCCAGGCCAGACCAAGAUUGUCUGCUCUGCUCCAUAUGAGCCACAGAUCUGGGCCCGUAGGCCUUAUCAUCAUGUUUGAAGGCUUUUCAUGUUCCUUUUGAUUUUUUACUAAAGACCAAAAACUUCCAGAGUCAUCUCCUGCUCCCACCUCUGCAGAAACCCUCUAGCCUGAGUCCAGGGACCCCGUGAGUGGCAGGUGGCAGUGAGGGCACCUGGCCGGGCUCCCGUGGUGCCCUUGCUCUGAGCCAGUACUUUACCCUUUGCCUGUAAUCUCUUUUCUGUUCUUGCAAGUCCCACUGAGUAGCUGAGUGAAGACCCGGCCCCUCCACCCAGGGAAGAAGCAGGGCGUGCUAGCCUCUGUUCCCCACCCCACCCCACCCCACCCACCAGCACUUAAGCCAAGGACGCAAAGUCUGUGCAGCAUGGGGACCCCGUGUGGCCUCCCCGGCUGUGGGCAGUCUCUCUCGUCUGUUGUGCAGAAAUUCAGGGAUGGGAGCAGAGCCCCUCAGCACGCCGUGUGCAGCAGAGUGUUGUACCCACCUUAGUAUUGUACCAAGCCUUUUCUGUAUUUUAAUGAGAAAGCAAAACACUAGUUUCCUAUUUAAGAUUUUAAGGGUCGUUGGGCUGGGCGGGAUCGACACUUGGUUUGUUUUCUUUUUUCUUUGUUUUCAUUGGUGCAUGCUUAUGACUGUCCGUAUGUGUGUCUGUGUGUGUGUGAUGUCAAGAGCCUCAAGGAAAUCAGGCCAUAGGAGGCCAAGGUGGCUUACAGUUCUCUUUUAGUCAUUUAAUUCCUGAAUGUUUUGGAGAAACAGGAAACAGAAAAUAGCAGAUGUCAUGUAGGAAAAAAGAUUAAAAAAAUAUCAAAAGAAAAAAAAAAAAGCUCAUACCCAAAUUCACAAAACCUAUUUUUUAAACCAAAGCACAUUUUGAAUGAGUAUGGAACCUCAGUGGGCUCAGAAAAAAAAGAUACUAAUAUAUUUAUCUCAUUGUUUACAUAAACUUUUACAGUUUCAGACCUCAGCAGCUACAAGGCCAGUCCCAGGGAACUCUUCCCUCCCUCCUGGGUCCUUCUUGGCUUCUAAGUCGACCCUUGAGGGACUCAAGGGCAGAGGCAGCCCUGGUGCUGGGUAAGAACCAGAAGCCCCUCCCCUUAGCUGCACCUGAGCCCUAGGCCCCGUUUUUGGGGCCUCUUCAAGCUCAGCUGCCACCAAAGAGCAUGCACCAAGCUGACCAGCCCCCAGGCCUCCUGGCUGGACCCAGGGGUGGGUGUCAGCCCUGCCCGAGAGCCUUGUGUUACUGUGAGAGUCACUCAAGCCAAAAAGCAGGGAGCUUUAGGAAGCUCAGCGGACUCCAUCAUGCGCACACCCCACCCCGGGCAGCAGAAGGGUCUGACUUGAGUCUGGUCCUCACCAACAGGCGGUGCGAACACUCUCAACAGUGUUGUUUUGUAUCCAUGUUUGUGCAGUGAUGAAUGUAUUUAUUUCUCAGACUUAGGGCAAGCUGGUGGAAGCAGGCCCGGCUCUGCCAGUGCCCACUCCCACUGGACCGAGCUACUGCAAGGGCUCUUCCAAGAUUGCAAAAAGGAAAAGGUGAACUUGGGAACACUUAAGAAUCUCAGACUUGCAGGAUAGCCAUACACCUCAGCCUGUGACCCCUGACCUCACACGGCCCAAGAAGUGUGUUUCCGUCCGUCAGCACUGAGGGGAGCCAGAUCCCCACAUGCUUCCCACACUGUCAGUAUUCACUGGACCUCAGGUCCUUGUGCAGGAGUGCGAUCUGCUGAGUUCUCAGCAGGCAGAGCCUUCCUGAGUAGGGGGAUCCUGGGCAGCCGGGAGGGCAGGGCUCAGGGGGUCAGUGCUAGGAACAGAGGCAGAAGCCAAGCGGCUGGGCCCGAAAGAAUGGACAGGCUCCCCAGCCUUGCUGUGCUCCACUAAAGGGACCAAGGUCUUCCUUUCCCCAGUCACUACGGGGCCAAUGUUACUGAACCUAUGAAAUGGAUGCCAGGAAUGAGGGAUAGAGAGGGACCCGACCUCAGUCUGACAUUCCAGCCCGGGAAGGGUGGAAGCUGUGGAAACGUGCUGCCCAGGACCCCCUUCCUAGGAUGCCUGCAGCUUCAGUCACCUUACUUUAACUUUCUACCAGGGACCCCUCCCCCUACCUCACCUUGCUAUUUAUUGCUGUAAUUUAUUGACCUCAAAAAUGCUGCAUAACAGACCUCACUUGGGUCAGGGAGAGUUCUCAGGGUCCUCCCCUCCACUUGGUGGGGCCCCAUGGGGCCAGGUGCUUAAAGGAACCUCCCUGUACCUAACCCAUCACUUGUUUCCUCCAGGGGCCCCAGGUUGGGCUCCAUCCAUCCCAUUUGCAAAUACCUCAGGAGGGAUGGGGUAUAUCUGUUUCGUUUAAUUGGAACUGGAAGAGGGAUCACAUCCUCUGUACCCUUCCCGGAGCAGGGGAGGGGUGCGGGGAUCGCACUCCUGUACUGGUCACCGCUGUUGCCACUCAUCACAUUAAGUUUACUUCCCCAGAGUCUGGAUGGAUGCAUUCAGGUCAGAGCUGCAGCUGUGCAGCCCUCCAGUGUCAGUGAUUUAUCCACGACUGAUCUCUCCAUUCAAAAGCGUGCAGUCUUAAUGUACAGUGAUGAGAAACUGUUAUUUUAUGAUCUUUUCAUUAAAAGCUUGAUUGAAAACUG